CAAAAUUAAAAAGAAAAGUCAAUUUCUGAAUUUCUCUUCUUCAGCUUUUGUUGAUUGACUGACUGAUUGACUGUGCGUCUGUGCGUGCAGACAUUAGAAACAAAGUUUUGGCCGAAUAUUUUCCAUACAGUAAACUGCUUACGCAGUCACAAACCCUCAAGCUGUUGACAGAAAAUGUCUGAAGACGAAGUGGAAAAAUGGACGAGGGAGGUGAGGACCAAAGAGAUACAAAUGUCGCCAAGUUGUUCGAGCUUUGAAGUCUUGGACCCACACGACCCCAUCAUCAGUCGGCUUGCAACGCAGCUGUUCAAGCGCACCAAUGACUACUUGCAAGGAGAAAUGUCUGCUGGACAGGAACACUACAACUUGUUGGAGGACAUCAACAGGCUGACCAUCACCAAGUACACUGACCUCAGGAACUUGGCAGUCAACCUGAACAAAACUCUCACGGAGUACAACGAGAUGUAUCAACAGCAGAUCAAGCCGCUCCUCAUGCAGAUUGACCAGAUCGACGCUCAAGUGUCGCAGUUCGAGGUGACCGCUUACCGGCUUGACAGUUACACCAAACAGCUGAAGGCCCGAUUCAAGGAGGAGGAGAAGUAAUGAUCAAGCAUUCGUCACACAGGAUGCGGUUAAAGGUAGCCUUUCGAACUAAGCGUCACAGACGCAGUCUUUAGCUUUGGUCUUGUGCCACCAACGCCGCGUCACUAACUCGCUUCCAAAGGCUACCUUUAAGACCAAAGCUAAAGACGCUGCGUCUGUGACGCUUAGUUCGAAAGGCUACCUUAAGUGGCGUAGUGUGAGUUUACGUAAACGCAUUCGAUGUCGACUGCGUAAAAAGUGAAGUAAAGGGAAAAAGUGAAAGCGCCCCUAGCGGAAACAUUCAAGAACUAAAAUAUUCAUAUAUUUUUUAACGCGCUCGCUAAACUCACACUAAACCCUUAGGUCAAUGAACGUCAUCAUCAUGAAAUGAAGUCUAUGCUAUGUUAUAUACCUAAGGCCUCAGCCUCGAAUUUAGCGGGCAGUCGAGCGGGGCGGGCAACGCAGACCCGUUCUCGAAACAAGCGGGCAGCUCGCGCGGCGCUUUAGCGGCGAAGUGUUGUGUUCGGGGUUGUGUUGUCGAGAUAUUUGUUUUUAUUCGCAAAUGAAAUGUCU